CAGGGGUUUUCAACAAAAUUUAGCGCGUAAAUGAAGUUCAGUUAGGCUUUUACCAGUCAACUACCCCUGUCGCAAAUCCCUAAAUCGACGAUCGUGGCUGGACGGGAAACCUAAUCUCCCAGCCUUCACAUCUUUAUUCUUACAACAACAGAAACACUAUACAGAACGCGAUGUUAGACCCUUUCGCUCCGCCGCUAUGGCUUCGCACAGCCCUCGAGCCUAUGUGCGAACUACUACACCUCAACACUCUCCCGCUCCACGCGCACGAGGUGCUCUUCGGUUUCGUAUUCUACACGACCGUCAACUCCGUGUUAGCACCGUUCCUGUCUGCGCGUCUGUUUCCAGCCACAUACCGUGGCCUACCCCGGCGGACACAGCUUCAAUGGGACAUGCACGUCACAUCCUUUGUAAAUUCGACUUUUCUCUCCAUCGCCUUGACAUACGUGAUCCUGGCUGACCAGGAACGUGCCAAUGCCACCUGGGAGGACCGGAUAUGGGGAUACACGGGUGCCGGCGGGCUCGUGCAUGCUCUCACCGCCGGUUACUUUAUGUGGGACCUGGGUACUUGCGCUUCCAACGCCAGCACACUAGGUGCUUUGGACCUGCUUCACGCUGUUGUCGGGUUCUGCAUCUCCAUUUUGGGAUUCCGGCCUUUCGGUCCAUACUAUGGCAUCCAGUACGGCCUGGUAGAGCUAUCAACGCCAUUUGUAAACAUCCAUUGGUUCCUCGGCAAGAUGGGUCUGGCUGGGUCUAAGAUCCAGAUGGUCAACGGCAUCGUGCUCAUGGUCACCUUUGCCUCCUGUCGCCUGCUCUGGGGUUCCUACAUGACCUUCACCUUCUUCGGCGACGUGUUUACUGCGGUUCAAGCAGAUAGACCGUCAUUCACGCUAUACGACUACUCCCUCUCGGAGUCACCUCUGGCGCUUGAGCACCGCGCUCCAUGGUGGGUCGCUGUCGCCUUCAUGUGCACCCACACGGUAGUCAUGUCUCUGAGCAUCUUCUGGUUCAGCAAGAUGGUGGCGACUGUGCGGAAACAUGUCAAGCCCAAGGGAGAUGGCAAGGAGAACAAGGUGGAAUAAAAACGGAUGUGUUAGUCAUUACUACAGUAUGUUUAUGAGAAUUUAUGGCAUUCGCUCAGAUGCGAUGGGUAGACGGUAUACAAAUAGUAGUUGAGGGAUCCACGGCAAAAAUACGUUAGGAUCCGACCCAUAUCAAUAACAUUAUUAGAUAUAAG